GUGGCCCACAACGCCGAGGCCGACCAGGGGCUGCACACCUAUCGGGUGGGCAUCAAUCAGUUCGCCGACAUGACCGACGAGGAGUACAGAUCGCAUUUGAACCUGCGCAUCAACCCGGCCUAUUUGCAAAAUUUGACCGAGGUCGAUGAGCGUGUAGAUGUCAACGCCUACCCCGACAGUGUCGACUGGCACGCCAAGGGCAAAGUGGCUGCCGUUAAAGACCAGGGUCAGUGCGGCUCCUGUUUCGCCUUCUCGGCCGUCGCCUCCAUUGAAAGUCAAUACGCUAUCGCCACCGGCAAACCGGUGCCCGACCUGUCGGCCCAGCAAAUCGUCGACUGCAUCCACUCCGGCGGGGACGUGUGCCAGACCGGCGGCGACCCCGUGGGUGCCCUAAACCUGGUAAUCCAGGAAGGUGGCGUCGAGACCACCCGUGACUAUCCCUACCACGCUCGUAUGUCUAGCUGCGUGUACUCCCGUAGCAAAGCAGCUGUCUCAAUCACUGGCGUAAAAACCCUGCAAACCGGUAACGAGAAUACCCUGAAGUCAAUGGUCGCCGGACAGCCAGUGGCCGUCGCCAUCGACGCUGGUCACCCUGGUUUCCGUAACUACAAAUCCGGUGUUUACCAGGAUUCAGCCUGUCACACCCAGGUGUCUGGCUUGAACCAUGGUGUUUUGGCCGCUGGUUAUGGCUCGGAAAAUGGCCAUGAUUAUUGGCUUAUCAAGAACUCGUGGGGAACUGGUUAUGGUGCCAAUGGCUAUCUCAAAAUGGCCCGUAACCAUAACAAUAACUGUGGUGUGGCUUCCUAUGCCUGCUACCCGACCGGUGCCCAUUAAAUCCGGGUCCGACUGUAUAUGAUUUUUGUAUAAAUAACCCCAAAUACUUUGUAUAGAAAUGCAUUUGUAUUGAAUAAUUAAGUGUAUAAUAAAGCAAAACAAAAAAUUACA